UCCACUGUAAAAUCCGAAGUGUCAGCACUGUCCUUUAUAUCAACCGCACGGUGACGUUAACAUGCCGCCAUGAGUCAAGACACAAUACGAGGAAAUCCCCAAGGCCGAGAAAACGACGAGAGGCCCCUUUAAAUCGACGCUUCCUCCGUGUUGUGCCAAGAGAGAGAGAGAGGGAGAGAGAGAGCUCUGAUAAACAACAACACUGUUCUCAGAAGCCGCUUUUACCGGAUCCAGCUCUGUACUGUGGCAUCGGUGAAGAACAGGCAACGAGGACUUUCUGUCUGUUCUGUCCAACAUUUUGUCGUCUGUCGUUCAUACAUUCAUUGUUGAAUGCCAUUGCGGAAGUGAGAAGCUUUUCGACACGACACAAAGCUUGGGCUGUAGGGACAUCUAGCGGCCAAUCAGGAGAAGGCGCCUACUAGAGAUGUACGGAGCUUCAGGUAUCCCAGAGCUCAUCCCGCCCAGCGGGCCCCCCCGGCAGCCGGGUCCGGCAGGCCAGUUCAACCCGGGACACCCCCAGGUCAACGGCGACGGCGGUGGGGCCAACCCUCAGAGACUGGGACAGAGGGCACCCAAGCUGGGCCAGAUUGGUCGGUCCAAGAAAGUGGACUUGGAAGAUGAAGACUUGGAUGACAUCAUGAACAACAACGGGCAGUGUCCUGUAUCCCUGUCGCCCAUCUCCUAAACUUCACCAAGAAGUGCCAAAAAAAUCCCCCGGGACGCCAAAACUCCCCGUCAGUGAUCUUGGCCUUGAGCCUGUCAAGUGUCCUACUGAAGCCUCUGAUGGCUCAACAAGGCACAAAAAACAGCUCAUUUAGCGCCAGCUGAAGUCUAGGCACUGAUUGUACAUAGUGUUUAUUUAACUUACCUUUGGUCAGACUGUGAAUGAAUUGCAUUGCAUCGCCCUCUACUCUAUACCUCGGUAGACAGUAGACUAUCAGGACUUGAGAAAGAUUCGGAGAAAGUGUCUAUAUUUUUCAAAGCUUCUUAACAAGGGCUAUGUUUCUAAAGUUGCACUGAGCAAAUCGUUAGAUGAAAAGCAGCUUCUCACCUGCCUUUUUUUCUGUUUUGAGGGUUUCUCAUUGUUGGUUGUGUGAGGGAACACAGGCCUGUUAAUGUGUAUCACACAGGUCAAAUGUUAAGCUUUGGUUGUGCAAUGACUAUCAUUCUCUACUCUCACACUGAUGCAAGUGGUGUACUAAUAUUAAGUGGAUGAAAGCUCGCUAUUUACUGAAAAAAAACAAAAAACAACUACUGCUAAUUAUUGUUUAAAAAAUGAGAAGAAACACUUUGUUGUGUUAUGGCUUCUACAUGUUUUUUACUUUUUUCUGAAUGGAAAUUUGCUUCAGUCAUCUAAAACUGAGUUUUAUUAUGUUUCCAAAUGGUGCACUUUGUGGGAAUGCCUGUUAUGUGAAGUGACAUGUUGCAGAAUUCUAUGCAUGGAGUCUGUUAAAGCAUCAAAACAUGUAACUGGUAUCCUGUUAUUAAGGGCUAUGUAGUAGUAUUUCAAACCACACCACCAUUAUGCUCUUUAGAUCAUGCAGAGUCAACAUUUUCCUAAGCUCAUUGUUGGCUUUAGCUGCAGCCUCAGCAGUAAAAUAUCGUGAACAACAACAUAUUUAUGGAGGUUUUGUUUGUUUUCAAAGGCAGGGUGUUGCAGUUGGCCAGACAACUGUGAUAAAAAUACAUGUACAGUUCUAAAUGUAUUGAAUAAAUUGCCAAAUGAUACUUGAUGCUUUAAUCAGAUUGAUAAGUAAAAUGGAUUCUGAUUGGCACACAGACAUACAUAAUGAACAACACUAACUUUGUAUUAAUAUUUAGUUAUACAGCAGUAAUCUGCUUGUUAAGCUACACCCAGAUGGAGUCAGUGUCGUUCAGGUUCAGGUGAACUAUUUAAAGAUAAUGUCAACCUUUACAAUUGCAGUAUGAGAUUAUGAAAACAAGCAGCCUAUGAUUAGCUCUCACUGCUGAGACAAUCUUAACACUGAUGGGUUUUUUGGGUCAUUUGGGUUUUUUAAAGAUUGCAGUGGACCUUGAAAUGACAUAUUAUUGUCUGUAAAGACUCAUGCUGAUGUCAUGUUACUUAGUCGGCUGUGAAAUUGUUACUAGUUCACUUUUACUUUUUUGCGUCAUGGAAGCACUGCAUUUCACAGCUCGUUCUCUGGCUCGAAGAUUGUUGUUUGGGUUGUGGUUAUCAUUUGCAUGGAAAUGGUAGACUUUUCAUAAUGCAUCUCGGGAAAUAAAAGAUGAAUCUUUGUGGAA